AGCGUCGUCGCGAACAGUGGAAGGGUGAAGAAGAAGAAGAAGAAGAAGAAGACGACGACGAAGACGACGAGGAGGAUGACCGACCGGCUUCCUCGUGCCGGCUGAACGGACCGACACUCACUCUACGCGAGUUGCACUCAUGCCGAGUGCACACGUGGUGGGGUGGAGACCGCACUGGCGUAGGUUCUGCUUUCCGUCGAUAAAUCACGCUCUCUUUUACGGUUACACACAGAUGUUCACGCAAGUAUAUCUGUUACACGUUCAACGGAUGUUGCGAAGAAAGUCACGACAUCCUGCAGCUCGCACGAAAUAUGCGCAGAGACCGUUUCUCGUUUCUCUGUCCUCGCAAAUAAUUCCCCGCACCGAGAUUUUAACGCGCUUUGCUCGUUCGAUGAUAUUAGCAGUGAUACAAGCGCAGACGGCCGAUGAAGAGUGGAGAAACCCAGGCGAGUCGAGGCCAGUCGACCGGGUCCCUAAGGCUAUUCCCUGACUACGCCGAUGAAAAAGGCUGCGACGAGGGCCUGGCGCGAUGAGUGGGAAAAGGUGGCUCCAGGAGUGGGAAGGGCUAACCAUUCGGUAGCAAAUGUUGGUAACCCGUCGCAAGGUCAAGAUCAGUCGGUUAAUCCCGUCCAGUCGGCCGAGGGCCUUGCACCUUGCACAACGAACGAUCCUGCCUCUUCACUUCUUCGCUCUCCCGUAUACGUGUGAUUUCGCGUCUCCGGUCCGCGGCAAACGCAUGAAUCAACGCUCGGCGCAACUGACGAUUGACGACGCGACACGGCGACUCUCCGAGACCGAUUAAGCGGAGAUCGCGUUCCUGGAGAACAUCCGGACAUCCUCUGGUUUUAAGUGUCAAUUCGUCGGGACUCGUUAGCGAUGGUCCUCUCGUUCGACACGCGACACACUUUCUGAGAACUUGGUGUUUCCUACGUAGUAAAUGUGUUUCGAUCCUUCCCCGUUGAGGCACAUGCCGGUAGCGAUACUAACGCGAACGCGGAUGCACUCGAAAUAAUUAUUCCGAGGUGUCGCUGCCGAGUGGAUCCUCAAUUGUACUCCCCACGUGGGUCUCUGUUAUGGAAACUUGCGUCCUGAUACCUAGAGAGUUCUCCUUGGUCCUCACCAGCGAUCAGUCAUCCUGCAAGAACCUCUUCAAAAAUGACUCGGGUACACUGGUCACCGAUGUGAGAAUCUCGGUAUGGUCGAACGUGUUCAUCCCGUCGGGGACCCUAAUCUAUCCGUUUCAAGGAUCGAUCAGAUUCGACAAGAUAGACCUUUACUCUCUCCUCGAUGACAAUGAUAUCAGACGUGAGUACGGCUGCUACGACGAAGUCUUCUUCUCGAACUACAACCUUAACAAGCGUCAAUGUAACUGGAUAAGGUUCCUCCGUAUCGUUCAGUCGUACAAUGAGCAAGUUAAUCUGAUCGGUACGAAAGUAAAGGGCGAGCCUAUAUUUGAGGUGAUAAAGGACGUUCAACCGGACACGGAGCUCGUAGCAUGGUUCCUGCCAGUAUCGCAACAGGAUUUCGUUAUCAUCUCGCACGAUGUGUGCUCCAGAUCAGCUAUCUACAGGUGCACCAUCGAUUCUAUUUUAGACGAGUCUCCGCUGGACUUGUCAAUGACGCUGCUCGCCCAUCAUUCUCUACCACCGAUAUCGCAUAGUUAUUACGAGGUGGACGAGUACGAAUCGACGUCCGAGGAAUCUUCGUCGUCAACGCUAUCGCUGGGCGGCGAUCACCUCGAUUGCAGCAUCCUGACGAUUAAAAGAGGAGAGAGGGUUUUAUUGCCCUGCGAAGUCUGUGGCAAAUCCUUCGACCGGCCGUCUCUCCUUAAGCGACAUAUGAGAACGCAUACAGGGGAGAAACCGCAUGUCUGCAUGGUGUGCAACAAGGGCUUCUCAACCUCGAGCUCGCUGAACACGCAUAAGCGCAUCCACAGCGGCGAAAAACCUCAUCAGUGCCUCGUCUGCGGUAAGAAGUUCACAGCCUCGUCGAAUCUCUACUAUCAUCGGAUGACUCACAUCAAGGAGAAACCACACAAAUGUUCGCAGUGUUCGAAAUCGUUCCCGACGCCGGGCGAUCUCAAGAGCCACAUGUACGUGCACAACGGCCUGUGGCCGUUCAGAUGUCACAUUUGCAGCCGCGGUUUCAGCAAACCGACCAACCUGAAGAAUCACAUGCUUCUGCACCUGGGAAGAUGUUCCAACAAAAAGUACAUCAAAUCUCUUUCCGAUUUGUGACCGACUGCAACUGCGAUUCCCGACAGUCUCGCCGAAGCAAACGUAAUGCCAUUGUCGCACGUGCGCUUUUAACGAAGGGAUAACUGCAUAUAUAGGCGUCCCUUCCUCCUGUUACGAUAAUUCAAGUCUUAAAGGGAAGCUGAGGUUGCUAGUGAACUAUUUUUUCACUAUAGCGAUGGUAAUUGCAGUUUCGAAAAUCCUCU